CGAGUGAAAGAGGUGACCGUUCAAAGACAAAGAGAACUAAUACAAAUACUUCGCUGCACUGGGUAGCGCCAAUAGUAAGAACUAAUGCAGUUAGAAUCUAGAUUGUAGAUUUUUCCAGCUCACUUUUGCGAGCGAAGCUUGUGUUCGUGAAUGACCAGGAUUGGAUUUGCCUUGUGUGGUGCCGAUCCAGUGUGUCUGUUUUGUUCUUCAUCCUGCACAAGUGAAUACGAUCUAGCAGGUGUGUGUAGCCUCACUAGCAGCGAGGACAGACGUUCAACGCUAGUUGGUCUUCUAUAAUACAGGCAACUGCUCCGUCAGAAAUGUCCGGGAACGCGGAGGCCGCUGCCAGUGGGGCAGCUGCAGCGGAGGUUAGUCCUGCCGAUUUUGAGAAAACUGUGUACUCAAAGAGCAAGCUGGUCAAGUUAGUUAAUGCUGCUUCGAAGCGGAAGCUAGCGGAAGGAGGAGACCUAUGGCAAAGGGCUUUUUGCAUGCCACUAUUUCGUGCUAUCCAGAAGAAUUAUAGUACAUUUCCAGGUCCACCGUUGAAUGUAUUUUUGAGGCCGCUCUUUCCGAGCAACAUCAGUAAGAAUCAAGGCCAAGUAGUUCAGAGCGACAUCGCCAGUGAGAAUCAAGACCAAGUUCAGAGCGACAUCGCCAGUGAGAAUCAAGACCAAGUUCAGAGCGACACCACCAGUGAGAAUCAAGACCAAGUUCAGAGCGACACCACCAGUGAGAAUCAAGACCAAGUUCAGAGCGACACCACCAGUGAGAAUCAAGACCAAGUUCAGAGCGACACCACCAGUGAGAAUCAAGACCAAGUUCAGAGCGACACCACCAGUGAGAAUCAAAACCAAGUUCAGAGCGACAUCGCCAGUGAGAAUCAGGACCAAGUUCAGAGCGACACCACCAGUGAGAAUCAAGACCAAGUUCAGAGCGACACCACCAGUGGGAAUCAACCGCACCGCAACAGGGAGAAGCAAGGCCAAGUGUCACCCGCUCUUGCGCUAUGGCGUCUUGUGACAUACCAUAUAAAAAAUCCCACCAAGAAGAAGCAAGGGAACAGCAAGAGGCAACCAAACAACCCAACAAAAAAAAGGGAACGCCUUGUAUUGAAAAACGGCUGCGAUGGAUGUGUCUAUAAUUUCACAUCCCGCGAAUUUUGGAAAAAGCCGCAGUUGUUGAACAACCCUAAAGUUAAACAUCUCAUUGAACCAGUAAAAGUUGGCUUUGCAACAGUCCGUAGUGGGGAAACCGAAAAACCUGAAGACGUGGGUAAACGUCGUCUAGGGGAGCAAGAGAAGCUUUGGAUUGAGAGCAAAGUAACUGGCACACCAGUUCAAACAAAGAAGUGCAUCCGGGCAGAGUCACUUACUCACCGGCUACUGAACAUGCAGGAGUACCUGACAACGGAGUUGCGUCGCUUGAAAUGUAAGAAGGGCGGAACACGUUGCACGGUGUGCAACAACCUGGAAACCAAGGGAGCUGACAAUGAUGAUGAGACAUAUGGUCACCAUGAGUGGUUCACGCUGUCAACCAACACGACAUGUUGUAAAGAUCUGAAGGAAGCAGUGGAGAACGCAGUCACGCCCCUGCUUGCUCAGGAUAGCAGUCCUCCUGGAAGCAAGGCGAACGCCGUAAGGACAGCACAGCAGGUAAAGAAGGUGUUGACAAGUUUACUCGAGGAUGAACGGAUUAGCAGUCUAUAUCUAAAGAAGGCGAUAGGAGAUGUGGGAGAGCUGUCACAAACCAUCGCAGACGAUCUACGACAGACUAUCGACCAGGUCGAGACUAUCGACCAGCUUGUUGAUCUUCUAUUACACCACAUCCUGCGAGCAUAUAUUACACAAGUGACACGCUGGGCAUGUAUGGUAGUUGAUGCAUGGGUAGGUGAUGAGACCCCACCGACUGACGCAGUUGAGGCCUCAGUUGAGGAUACCACAGCGACUGCCGCAGUUGAGAAGAUCCUACAGCCGUGCAUGAUGUGCAUGUACAUGUACUUGGAGGAGAAUUUGUCACAGGAUCGAAUAGAUGGCCGUCUCUACAGCCAAGCCUGUACAGUGAUCUCUUGUCUUGUUGUAUACCGCUGGCUCUCUACUAGGCAGUCAACCGGCCGCAGCAUUUCCGAAUCGCAAUGCCAGGAUUUCGUUCGUGACAUCCGUGAUGGUAACUCGGCUUACGAUGAAGCUAAACCUGACGACAAACAUCUUGCUGCUUAUGACGCAUGCCACAUUCUUCAGACCAAAAGAAAUAUAUCGAUGUCUAUUAGGAAACGUUUGCCCUUUAAAAAAGAGUCUGAGCUGGCGGAAGCAUUGCAAGCUUGUGCUAAAGAAGCAGGUCGUGACAGGAGUAUACUGGGCGUUGUUCUUGUGAACCCUCCAUUCUCCAUCUCCCUGAUAUUCUUGCCAUCUGACGACGGAGUACAUGUGCGUCUCUACGACAGCCAUUCUCAUCGCCCUCGUGGUCCUCUUAUUGCUUUACUAGCCAGUGAUUGGAACGAAUCCGCAAGGGUCAUUUCUUUACUCGUUGACAAAAUCCGAGAUGGUCAUCUGUGCUUGCUGCGGAUUAAUUAAGGGCCAGAACCCAUUACUGCCACUGGUCACUCGACGGCACUCUGCUUAGGAACACGCUGGCUUUGCCUAGAAACUUCUUUGCAAACCGCAGUGUACAAUCAGUCAUGUAUAUUGUAUUAUACGUUGAAGUGUAUUUUUCAUAUGCCUUGGUUAGCCGCAACAUUCCACUAAAGUCACAGUAAAGAGGAUUGCGGCUUUUGACUAUGUACAGUGUACUACUAUGGUCCUUAGCAACCGUCAAACCAAAAUGGAGAUCAGACUUUGUAACAUUACACAGGUCUUGAGCUUUUUUCUUUUUAGUUUAUGCCGAGUGUUGAUUCACUGUCAUUUUGUCACAGUAGUUUGCCCUUUUCCCGCUGCUGCUGCUGCGAGUAUGGAGACUGUGCAUGAAGCAGACUUGCUGGUUUGGAGACUGUGCAUGAAGCAGACUUGCUGGACUAGACUGUGCAUGAAGCAUACUGGGUUUGAAUGUAUCUGUUCUGGUUUUUGUCAUUGUUAUGCUAUAGAUUCAUAGUUUUGCUCUUUUUAUACAUGUAGUUGCCGCUAGCAGUAAUACGGAGCUGCGGAGACAGAAGCGGACUUGAUUUGAAUGUACUUCGAAGUAUCUUUUCUGGUUUUUGUUUUUGUCAUUAAUUUUAUGCUAUUGAUUCAUAGUUUUGCUCUUUUUAUAGUUGCUUCUAGCAGUAAUAAGGAGACAGAAGCGGACUUGGCUUGAAUGCAUCUUUCUGGCUUUUGUUAUUUUUAUGCUGUUGAUUCAUUGUUUUAUCCAUGAUUACAUUGGCUUUACAUCCGAGUUCA